AUGAAGUGUAUGGGUGCCUUGGUCGGUUCAACAUUGGUUGAUCCAUCAAAAACAUCAUGGCCAAACUUUAUGAAGAAGCUGCGGAAGUUCUUGGAGUCGAUGAUUCAGAAGUCAGGCAAAAUCAGGUCUUUGGUGCGGGAGAUCGCCGAUGUCUACUCAAAAAGUGAUGUCCUGCAGAAGUCUUCUUCUCAAUCGCUCGACGAACUCCAGAAACUUGAUGGCCAGUACGAUGUCUGCAACAAUGUGAUGGCCAAGGGUGAGGUGAAUGGAUUUGGGCCGGAGUGCUCAACGGCCUGCGCAGCGGAAGCAAAGACGAGGAAUGCGAAACGGUAUGAGAAGAAGGACGCUGAUUUGCCCGGAUCCCCACCUGUGAAAAAGGAGAAGAAAGAUAAGACAGACAAACGUGCUGGCAAUGCCGUGAAAGCAUUCAGCAAAGACAUCGGCCAAGGUGUUCUGGCCUCAAAGGCAUCGGGAUCAGCCAUCAAGGAAUCGGAAGGACCUUUCCCGUGGCCAGUGCCGCUAGGGCGGGGACGGUCUGGGACAGCCACUGGUGACGGCCUGGCGGCCGGAAAUGGGCAAGGUUUGGGAGGCCUGUCGUCAUCACUCUGUCCUCCCGUCGCCCCUUCAGUCCCGGAAUGGUUGGCACAUCUACCACUUGAACUUCAAGGGAAUAAGCGCCUUCUCAACAUUGCCGAUGAAUCUGCCGCCAUGCCAUGCAUAGCUUUUGAUCUACCACGGCCCAAUCUUUGUGCCGGACGUGUGUUGGAACACUGUGUCAAAACAGUCUCAAGCUGCAGAGCUGCAAUCAGAGCAGCGAAAGGCAUUGUGAGCGAUCUUGGAGAGGAUGUCGCGGCAAAAAGCCGUGGGCUCACAGAGUUGAGCCGUUGUCAUGAAACUACUAGCGAAAGGGAUGUUGAAAGAUUAACAAGAAAAUUCAAUCUUUCGCUCCGCAUUCCAAUCACUGAACUGCAGAAAUCCCCUGGAGUGCGGUACACAGGGACAUUCCAUGUGAUCGCUUUGCGGGAUUGGAUUCAAUAUAUAGUCAGCCAUGGCUUAUGGCAUGUGCUUCUUGGCCUCCACAACGCAGAUGGCAAAAGAGAAAGGGCAAUUCUUCGUGAGUUUUGGAGACUUUAUCGGAUAGCCCAUCCGCAGCAUCAACUGUUUGACGCCAUUCAGAAGUAUGCCAUCGAUGAGGGUCGACUCCUUCCAGUUUUGAUGCAUGGAGACGAGGGGCGAGGGAGAAAGAAAUCUCCAUUUCUCGUCACAUCCUUCCAUUCAGUUUUAGGCUUUGGAACCAACUUGGCCAACAGCGAAAGGAAAAGAAGAAAGUAUUUGAGCAUGAAACUUAACUACUGCGGCUCAACGAACACAAGCAGAAUGAUUUCUGGGUGCCUGCCCAAAAUGAGCAAAGAUGAAGCCGCGCUUCAGGAUCUUCUGACUUAUACGACGGGCGAUUGCUGGCGCAUGCUUGAGCAUGGAGUUUUGGAUGCUGAUGGUCAGCGAUACCAUGCUGCCUGCAUCAAUGCAGUGGGUGACUGGAUGUGGCUUGCAAAAGCUGGUAACCUGGAAAGGUCAUUUUCAAACGUGCCCAAGAAACCUUUGGUCGCUGGCUCGCGGCCAAAGGGCAUUUGCCACCUUUGCUUGGCAGGCCGCCCUGGGUUUGACUUUGAGAAUUUGAGCUCUGAUCCCGCAUGGCUGGGUACUUUAUUCACACCCGGAGACGAGCCAUGGAAGUCUAAACCAAUUUUAUUGAGUUUGCCUCACGACCCAGCCCGGGCUGCAGGAUUCUUUGCCUACGAUGUCUGGCACGCUUUUCACCUCGGCUUAGGAAAGUCGUUUGUGGCAGCAGUGCUGGCUUGUAUUUCGGAUCGCUUUGGAGCGAGCACAGUGGAUGCUAGGUUUUUAGAGUUGACAGACUUAUAUUUACAAUUCUGUGACGAGUCUCGCGAGCCAGCAUAUAUCACUGCAAUUACCAAGGAAUCUUGCGAAUGGCCUGAUCGGAAGACCUUCCCUAAUGGCCAAUGGCAUAAAGGCCAUGGCACGACCACGUUACUUCGUUUCUUGGAAAGCUGGUUCUCCAAAAACAAUGUUGCGGAUGAUCUCAUUUUAUCCAUGUGUGCCGAAGCAGUUGUGGUUCUCAACCGCUGUUUUCACGAAAUGUACGCCAGUGACCUGUGGCUUGAAGUUUCUGCUUGCCAUCGCAUCGGUGGCAUUGGAAUGCAAUUUCUGUGUCUGUAUCAACGGCUGGCGUUGGAAGCUUUUUCUCAGUCCAAAGCCCUUUUCGCUUACCUUCCCAAGUGCCACAUCGUGCACCAUAUAAUGAUGGGUCUUGCCAAGGCUCAUGUUGCCAGCCUGAACCCUUUGACUUUCGGAGUACAGAUCGAUGAGGAUUUCAUCGGGAAGAAGAGCAGAGUAGCGCGCCGCGUGGCGCCUACUCAGGUAAUCAAAAGAGUUCUUCAACGAUCACUGCAGAUCGCGUAUGCUGAUUGGCAGGAAGCGGGUUACAUCAAGUAA